GUAGCGCAAUCUAUAGGAUUUUUCUUGAACUUGAAGCGUUUUAACCGACGAUGAUUUUACCGAUUUUUUUCGUUUCGUGCCGUCAACGAAGUUAUUUUUGCGUUAUUUAAAAAAGAGAGUGACAAGGAAGAAAUAAUUUUACGAAUAAUAAAAUCGACAAGAUGUCUGGUUACACUGGACAAGAGAAUUAUUGGGCUCAACCGAAUCCGAAUUCAUACAAGUACGAGACAUUUGAUUUCGAGCAACCUAACCAACAAUUUGAGUUCCAAACGUACGGUGAUCAACAAUCAGAAUAUAAUGCUUAUUCGCCCAAAAGUUAUUUAGAUCCAACGCAAGGCCCUUAUGCCGGUGAAAUGUAUCCGCCAGAUGAUUUUACAAAAGGUGACCAUGGUUUUGGAGACGAAGUAGAACCACCAUUGUUAGAAGAACUUGGCAUUGAUCCCGAUAGGAUCGUACAAAAGACGUUGGCUGUAUUAAAUCCGUUUCAUAGGAGAGGACAAAUAGACGAUGCUAAUUAUCUUCUUCAGGAUUCCGAUUUAGCUGGCCCGGUUACAUUUUGUUUAGCUCUUGCUGCAUUUCUUCUUUUAGCUGGUUCUAAAGCUCAUUUUGGUUAUGUAUACGGUUUAGCAACAAUUUCAUGUCUAUUGAUGUACAUUCUUUUAUCGUUAAUGAGUAGCACCAAUAAUAUUACUUUAUUGUCAGUGGCAUCUGUAUUAGGUUAUUGUUUACUACCUGUUGUAGCACUUUCAGCAGUUAGUAUUUUUACUACUCUUCGUGGUACCAUCGGUUUAGUCGUUGCAGCAAUGGCUGUGGCUUGGGCGACUUUGUCAGCUUCUAGACUUUUAUCUACUAUGUCUGGAGAAAACAAUCAACGUCCUUUGAUAGCUUAUCCCUGUUUUUUGCUUUAUGGAGUAUUCACUUUAAUCGUCAUUUUCUAAACAAGUAACCUAUAAAAAGA